UGCGUCAUCAUUGCGGGACCGGAAGUAGCAGCAUCCGCCUGCCUGACUUUAGCUCUAUGUGCUAGUAGAUACUCUCGCUUUUAAUCAAUUAAAAUAAAAAAUAGCGGUUUGAAUGAGUCUAUAAGGUACUUUCUGUCUCUGAGGUCCAGCAGUGAAGUUUGUUACUAUGGCGUCUCCAGGGGGACAAGGAGGAGGAGCUUUGUCCACAAGAGGAGGAAGCGGGACCCGGAGGAUAAAGUGGGCCCUGGAGCUGAGUUUGGGCAACACAAGGAGUCGUGAUCGGCAGAGCGGCCAAGGAGAUGUCGUUUAUCCCAUCGGCUACUCUGAGAAACCCGUUCCAGACACCAGCAUCCAGGAGACGGACAAGAACCUGGUCGAGAAGCGUUGCUGGGAUGUGGCCCUCGGGCCCCUAAAACAGAUUCCCAUGAAUCUGUUCAUCAUGUACAUGUCGGGCAACACCAUCUCCAUCUUCCCCAUCAUGAUGGUCUGCAUGAUGGCCUGGAGGCCCAUACAAGCUCUUAUGUCCAUGUCUGCCACCUUCAAGCUGCUGGAGAGCUCCAGCCAGCAGUGGCUCCAGGGGCUCGUCUACCUGAUCGGUAACCUUCUGGGCUCAGCACUGGCCAUCUACAAGUGUCAGUCGAUGGGACUGCUUCCAACACAUUCGUCUGAUUGGCUGGCUUUCAUAGAACCGCCUCAGAGGAUGGAGAUCAUGGGAGGAGGGAUGGUGUUGUGAAGAGCAGCCAGCAAACACACAGGAUCCAGAUAUCUGCAGAGGUCAUUCACCAGGCUGUCCCAGGCCAGUCACUGAGGGCCGCUGUCCCGCAGGUUUUAGAUGUUUCCCGCUGCAACACACCUGAAUCAGAUUUAUCUGUAGAGGUAGAGGAAAACCUGCAGGACUGCGGCCUUCGAGGACCAGCUUCAGAUGCCCCGUUACAGCCUGUACAUCCCCUCCAGGCCGCCUGCCACAGCUGACAUGAUGCAGAAGUCUGACUUUUGGCUGUUUCCUGAUUGCACCUGAUCCAGACUCGACCAGAGCGGUUACAACAAGCUCCACGUUUCCUAAAUCUGCAGCAGACUGUGUGGCACAGCUCGAAGCCACGGUUUGAUCCUCCAUACAGCUUCUUUUCAACUGGAGCAGACCAUGAUGCUGUAACUUUACACGUUUAAGUACACAAUGGCAGAUUGUUUGAGUUUGUCUUUUUUUUAAGCAUAAACUUAAACCAGCUAAUCAAUAACAGUUUUAUCUAAAUAAGCCCAGCGUCUGUAAUAUGUCUGCUGCAAUGCUUCCCCCUGGUUUGUCUUUGUUUCUCAGUUUGUAGUAAAUGCUUGAUUUAGCAUGCUAACCAGCUACAUGUGCUAACCUCUUCUAAUUUAUAGGAUGGUUUAAUUUAUGCAGAUUGUUUUCCUGUGAAAAUAUAUUAAAAUAAAAGCUGCUGAACUAAAAUGA